CUUCCUUCCCUUCCCUUCAAAGUAUAACGUCCCACCACAACUAUAUGUUCCACAACGCUUGAAAGCAACCUCAUAACCCCAAUAAAAGUAAGCACGUAGCCAAUCUUAACCCCUCAAACUCCUUACCCUUACGUGUACUCUUUCCAUUCCUCCUAAAAUUCCUUAAUAUUACCCUAAAACAAACAAAGAAAAAAUCCAAACUUCACUAGUGUCUAUUAAGAAAGAUUCUUGUUAGUCUUUUCAUUUGCUUCAUCUCCGGGCUACUUGUAAUAAUCAAUUUUAGGUUCAAUGGCGGCGGCACAUGCUGUGUACUGCGAGCUGCUACCACCUAGGCAGACGCCGAGGGUGGCGGCUGACUCGUCGAGCAGCUCAGGUCAGGUGAAGAUCAUCCUACAGCCACGGCUGUGCACGCUCAGAUCAUACGCUUCGGAUCGUGGAAACGGGGUAAUCAAGACGAUGAUCAUCACCAAAUCAAAGGACAGUAGUAGUGGUGUUGAUGAUGGUACUGAUGAGGAGGAGUUGUUGUCACCGUUUUUGGUGAAUUUGUAUGAGUAUAUAGAAAGUAGUAAGAAGAGCCAGGACUUUGAGAUCAUCACUGGUCGCCUUGCUAUGAUAGUGUUUGCUGCGACAAUUGGUGUGGAAUUAACGACAGGCAAUUCCGUGUUCAAAAAAAUGGACGUGCAAGGGAUAAGUGAAGGCUUAGGGGCGUGUUUGGCGGCAAUCACUGCGGCGACGGCUUUUGCUUAUUCUUCCAGUGCACGGAAGAAAGUAGGUCGUAUCUUCACCGUCAGUUGCAACGCCUUCAUUGAUACCCUCAUCGAUAACAUCGUUGAUGGCUUGUUUUAUGAGAAUGAAGAAGAUGAUCAAUCCAACGACAACAAUCUAUGAAUCAAAACUUAAUCUACUAUACUGAGAUUUACUCUCGUAUAAUAGAAAUUCAGCCUUGUGUAUAGAGGACUAUGUAGUAUACAUGUAUGUAUAUAUAGAAACUAGAGUUAGUUUGACUAUACAAUGCAAUAUGUCAUAGCGUGCAUUUAUAUUUGGAUAUGGAGUGACUAAAUUUUUAUAGUUAGGGAGCUGUGGUAAAAGUUGGUUUUUUAUUGGCUAUAUGUAAAGAGUUUAUGACGUAUGCAAUGCCAAUCCAUUGUAAGAUUAAACUAUGUUAGACUAUUUACGAUGAAGUUAUUCUAUCUUUUUCAAUAUACUUUUAAAGGGUUACAAUUAUUA